AAAGCUAAGUGAAACUUUUAGAGCAGCCAGUACCCUGAGCGCUCACGUGAGAGCAUGUGAUUCCAAAAUGAUCCGAGCGUCCGCCGGAUCCCCGUAUUCCUCCUCACAACUAUGAUGUCCACUCGCGCUUUGGGACUGGGCUCGUCGCUGCGCAAAAGCGCCCUCUCCUCAAGUUUCGCUCGUAACCAGACCUUGAUUCGGUCGACUAUCGCGAAACGGGCCGUGCAAACAGAAUCUCUUCCUCCCUCGGCUGCGACCGAUAUCCUCAAUAAGCAACGCCUGCUGCGACCCUCCAGCCCCCACUUCACCAUCUACCAGCCCCAGUUGACAUGGAUUCCCUCUAUCGUCAACCGUGUCACCGGAGCCGGCAUCAGCACUCUGCUUUACGGAUUCUCUCUCGCCUAUCUCGUCGCUCCUGGCACAUUUGACAGCGCUCAUCUCAUCGAAUUCGUUACUGGAUUGCCGGAUGCCGUCAAAUAUAGCGCGAAGGCCAUCCUUGCCGCUCCAUUCGCUUUCCACAGCUUGAACGGCGUCCGUCACUUGCUCUGGGACGCUGGGAAGUUCAUGACCGUCAAGGGUGUAUAUCAAACUGGCUACGCGGUCAUUGGUUUGAGCGCUGUCUCGACUGUCGCACUGUUGAUGAUGUAGAAUUGAAAUUGGAUGGUUCUUCACCUGGAGUUUGUACUAUGUCGCCGACUAUCUCCGAUCUGCGAAAUAUGGGACUCCGA